AUGAGAAUUAAGCAUCUUCUACCAAUAACUUAUUCAUGCUCCUUAACAAAAAGAUUUGAUUCAUUAGAUAAAGAAAAAAUCAAUGCUAUCUGUGAUAAAAAGACUGUUGAAUCUGGUGAUAGUUGUUGGUCAUUGGCAAGAAAGUGUGGAGUUCAACUGAAUACUUUCUACUCUUAUAAUCCUUCGUUACCAGAUGGCUGCCAGUUUCUACAGGUAGGUCAGCAAGUAUGUUGUGGAGAAGGAGGAUUGUCGCCAACUGUAUCAACGGAUGGUUCGUGUUCUGUGUAUAAAGUGGUUCCCGGUGACUUUUGUUACGCAAUUGCCAUGGCUAAUGGUUUAAAAGUUGAUGACAUAGAGUCUUUCAAUAAAAAUACUUGGGGAUGGAAAGGAUGUUCAAAAAUAGAGCCAGACGCACUCAUUUGUCUAUCAUCAGGAACACCUCCAAUACCUACAGUCAAUCCAAAAGCCGAAUGUGGUCCAGUGGCUCCUAUUAUUCCUACUCGUCCUUUCAAUUCUACUUGUCGAGUUGGUGCAUGUUGUAGUCAAUGGGGUUACUGCGGACUUACUGCCGAAUUUUGUACGGUUACCAAUUCCGAUACCAAUGCUCCUGGAACAACCGGAUGUAUUAGUAAUUGUGGCAUGGAGUUUAUAAAAUCUGAACCACCAACCAAUUUUAUUUCCAUCGGGUAUUACGAAGCCUGGAAUAGUGGUCGUCCUUGUCUGAAUGCCCAAAUCGAUAGAAUCGAUAUCUCUAACUAUACUCAUAUCCAUUUCGCCUUUGCAACGAUUACCAGUGACUUUGGAGUGAGUGUAAGUGCAUAUCCAGAUUCAUUCACAAGAUUUAAACACCUUCCUCGUGUCAAGAAGAUUCUCUCAUUUGGAGGUUGGAGUUUCAGUACUGAUGUAGAUACCAGACCAAUCUUUAGAAACACUUUGUCUUUUAUUAAUAGAGCCACUUUUAUUGGAAAUUUGAUUAGUUUCAUUGAGGAAAAUCGGUUGGAUGGUGUUGAUUUUGACUGGGAGUAUAUAUAUCUCAUAACAAAUAAAAGAUAUCCAGGUGCAGAGGACUUAGGAGGAGAUCCUACGGAUGGUCUCACCUACCUUCAAUUCAUUCGGGAUCUAAGAGAAUCUUUACCUAGAUCGAAAUCACUAUCCAUCGCGGCACCGGCAUCAUAUUGGUAUCUUCGUGGGUUCUUGAUCAAAGAGAUGGAGCAAUAUUUGGAUUAUAUUGUUUACAUGACCUAUGAUAUACAUGGCCAGUGGGACUAUAAUAUCAAUUCGACCGGUCCUUAUUUGAGAUCUCAUAUCGAUCUUCCAGAGGUAUUGAAUGCAUUGAUACUUCUCACUAAAGCCGGUGUGCCUUCAAACAAGAUAAUUAUGGGUCUUGGAUCAUAUGGUCGUUCUUUCCAACAAGUGGAUCCCUCAUGUUCAGGUCCAACAUGUCAGUUUACUGGACCUGAAAGUGGUGCAACUGGUGGAAAAUGCACACAACAACCUGGUUAUUUGGCGCUGGCAGAGAUUAAUGAUAUCGUAGUGAGGAAUACCAAUGUUAGAGAUCACUUCUACGAUGAACAGUCAGAUAGUCAGAUUUUGUUGUUCAACACUCACGAUUGGGUUGCCUAUGCCACUCCAUCCAUUACUGCCAACCGUAUUAACAUUGCAAAGUCUAUGAAUUUAGGUGGCACAGUUGAAUGGGCAAUUGAUUUAAAUAGAGAAUACAGUGGAAAUGUAUUGGCAACAGCAUGUGACUUUUCAACUGUUACUGGUGAUCUUAAUUCUGUCUUUAAACAACAGGUCAGUUGUCAAAUGCAAAGUUCAAUCUAUUCACUUCGAUUAAUGCUACACAAUGCCAUUGAAACCUACGAACAAGCAAUGGAGCAUUACAAUGAAAUCUUUGAAUUGUACGAAAGAUCUGAUCCUGGUGCAAUGAAUCCAAGUCAAGCAAUUGAAGAGUUCCUAUACAAAGCCAGACUUUUAGAAAAGAAUCUUGAAGAAUCAAUAUUGGAUGAAAAUCCGAACCAAGUUAUAAAUGGAUCAAUGGUUCUAGUAACUUCUUUGACCCAUUCCGCACAAAUAAUGUCAAACCUCGCAAAACAAAUUUCAAGUGGCCAAAGUAUCAGUGAGCCCGAUAUUGUUUUGGAUUUCAUAAAUGCCAAUCUAUUUAUCAUACCAGCAUUUCCAGGAAUACCAGCAAUGAUAUAUUUGGUUAAGAAUUGGCCUUCAAGUAAACAACCCUUUAAUACUGAUUCCAUCAAGUUCUUUAAUUGGUUAAAUAAUAAUAUCGAUACAAGAGCGCCCUUGUUGAUAUUACCACCUACUGGUGACCCACGUAUGAUUGCACCAAUUGCAGCAAUUACUGAUUUUUCAAAUGGCGGUUUGUUUGAGAGAGAAGCUCCUGAGCCUGUCGAUGAUCCAGAUAAUCCAGACAAUCAAUGUAGGGAUCAAAUAGUAAGUGCCAGAGGAUUCGAGGUUGUUUCCAAAGUAUCAUGUGAUCUACUAGGCCCAUGCUUAGCUAGGAAUAUAUUUAAACCAUUGAUCGUUCGUGGUAUUGAUUGCACCUUGGCAAUAGAAAUGUGCAAUAAAAGACAACAUAGUGAUGGAGAUCAUAAUGACAAUCCUUCCGAUACCAAACGACCCACCAGAGAAGAGGACAACCCAAUGACCGGUAAUUCUAAUCCAACUCAACCAACCACACAUUUACCAUUCCCAGGUUUUGAUGCAUCUUUUUUGAUGAGACCGAGUAACCCUCUGAUUCCCACCUACUAUGUAAAUAUAAAUGGACAAUCACCAGGAGUUGCAUGUAACACUGCAAUGUACAUGACAGCACACCGUGUAAAUGUAUUCCACUAUGCUGGAGAAGGCAAUCAAAAUCCAAAACCGCGUAGAUGCUCUCCAGGUGGCGCCACCUAUCCUUAUGAACUUUGUUCGAGGGUGGAAAAUAACAUCCGAUGGGAACGUGAUGAGUUUCCCUUGAACUCAAUGAUUGAAGGAUAUGACAACGUUACCGGUACAGUAAAUGUACAGGUUAAAUGUGUAGCAAAGCCUGAUAACUCUCGAGAGGGUGCAAGUGUCUCAAAAUUCUAUAAUGGUGGAAAACCUAGUCUUACAAGAGAUUCACUGAUUGGUCAGAACGAUUGGCGUCCAUUGGAUCCAGUAAACAGUCCUUAUAAUGAGAACCGUACUGAUAAUCUUAGAACUCCUUUAAAUCCAAUAUCUGGAAAUGGAAGAAAGCUAGUUAGAGGUGAUCCUUUCAAUGUUGUGAUAUAUCAGCUCCCUCCGGUUUGUGAUAGCAGUGUCAUAGUGGAUGCAGUUAGAAUUGCAUAA